AUGGCGCCCCUGGGAGACGCCGACCACUGCAGAGACAAGGCCCGCAGGGAUCUGCUGGCCCUGCUUGAAGGCGCUCGGGGCAAGAAGAAUCUCGUCAUUAGCCAGGAGCUGGCGGGUCCAGUCGGCCUGUUCGUGAAGUUCUCCGAACUCCAACAGUAUGGCGUCGACCGUGUAUUUUUGCUGGAAAAUGCAAACAUCGACUCUUCGCAACGCAAUGUCGUGUUCCUAAUCCGCGGCGAGAAGGCUCACCAUGUGCGCACGGUGGCAGAGCAAAUCAAACGCCUUCAAGAUAAUGGAAACGUGGAGCAUGAGUUUUCUAUCUUCUUCGCUCCCCGGCGGACCUUGGUAAGCAAUGCGGUGCUGGAGGAGGCGGGCAUUAUCGGUGAUGUCAACAUUGCCGUGUUUCCGCUCUACUUCUUGCCACUCGAGCAGGAUAUCUUAUCAUUGGAGCUUGACGAGGCUUUCAAAGACUUGUACCUGCAUAAGGACCCUGGCUGCAUCUUUCAUGCUGCCAAAGCUCUCAUGGGCAUCCAGCAGCGACAUGGGUAUUUCCCUCGCAUUGUCGGAAAGGGUGAUAAUGCGCGCCGUCUGGCAGAUCUUCUGCUGCGGAUGCGCAAAGAGUUGGAUGCGGAAGAGAGCUCGGGGCUGGCCGACCCCUCUACACGAGGACUUCUCCCGAGCGCCGAUACCGAGAAUCUGAUAAUCAUUGAUCGCGACGUGGACUUUGGAACACCACUUCUCACCCAACUAACUUAUGAAGGCUUAAUUGACGAAUAUGUUGGUAUUAAGCACAACCAAGCCGAUGUUGAUACUAGCAUUGUGGGGCAAGCUUCUGCACCACAACCGCAGGAAUCUUCUAAAACGCCCCAGCAGGCUAAGCAAGGACUGAAGAGGAAAAUCCAGCUUGAUUCAUCGGAUCAGCUCUUCAGCCAACUGCGAGAUGCGAAUUUUGCCAUCGUGGGUGACCUCCUCAACAAGGUGGCUCGCCGGCUGGAAAACGAAUAUGAAACCCGGCAUACGGCCAAGACAACAAACGAGCUCCGCGAGUUUGUCAAUAAGCUACCGACCUACCAACUGGAGCACCAGAGCCUUCGGAUCCACACGAAUCUCGCGGAGGAAAUCAUGCGGCUCACCCGAUCUGAGACAUUCCGGAAGAUACUGGAAGUGCAGCAGAACACUGCCGCAGGUGCCGAUCCAACUUAUCAACAUGAGACUAUUGAAGAGCUUAUUUCGCGGGAUGUUCCCUUGAAGAGUGUGUUACGCCUACUAUGUCUGGAGUCGUGUAUGUCCGGUGGACUGCGUCCCCGGGACCUGGAGAACUUGAAAAGACAAAUCGUCCAGGCCUACGGCCACCAGCAUCUCCUGACUUUCUGGGCAUUGGAGAAGAUGGAGCUUCUGCAGCCCCGGUCUUCGGCCACGGCCAUGCUCCUCCCUGCGUCCGGUGCGCAGGCCGGCUCGAAAACCAAUUACGCGUACCUGCGGAAGAACCUGCGACUGGUGAUCGAGGAAGUCAGUGAGAAAGACCCCAACGAUAUCUCCUAUGUCUACAGUGGAUUCGCCCCACUCAGCGUUCGCCUGGUUCAAUGCGUGCUGCAAAAACCGUAUAUCCUCUCCUUGAUUAAGGGUGGGUCGCCAGCUGUAUCAAUAAGCAAUGCCAGCACGGCGUCUCCUGGAUGGCUCGGGUUCGAGGAUGUGGUGAAAAGCGCCCGCGGCUCGACUUUCAGCAUUGUCCAGAAAGGUGAUGACAAGGCCGUUCGAGCUCGUCAGACGCUUAGCGGCAACUCUACCACAAAGACUGUAUACGUCUUCUUUUUGGGUGGAAUUACCUUUACCGAGAUUGCCGCGCUGCGCUUCAUCGCUGCCCAGGAGGCGCCGCGGCGCAAGAUCAUCAUCUGCACUACAGGACUCAUCAGCGGCGACCGCAUGAUGGAAGCAGCCGUUGAGAAGGGCAGUUUUGCAAAGACGGAAUAG